AUGCCAGCAGGGCUGAUGCCAUUCCAUUGCCUGGUUCUUCUCUUAGCUCUUCAGUUCCUUCCAGCUGAACUUCAGAUUAAAUCAGGGGUUAUCAAUAAGGAAACAAAGAUCCGAAGUCAAGCAGGGGUAUGUACCAGUGACUGUGGAGUUAGUGGUGCCAUUUGCUCUGAACCAUGCGGCCGUCUCUUCCGCGGGGAGAGGCUCUUUAUGUGCCGGGAUGGAAAGUGGCAGAAAACCACAGAUUCCUGUGCAAACCUGGAUGUCCAGUCACUCUUUGAGAGGAUCUCUGCAGACGGAUCUGUCAGUAUUGCCGGAGGACACAUUGGAGGGAGAGAAAGCGUAAUAAAUAUGAAGCCUGGAUUUGAGAUAAAACUUCACAGCGCUACCGCACAUAGAAACAGGAGCUGCCUGGCUGACUUUUCAUGCAUAGUCCCAGAUAUCCUCUCCUCCCCAGCCAUUCCGGGAAACAUUGUGAACAUAGUGAUGCUGCUAAAGAACAUUUCCCUGAAGCUAUCCGAGGAUGUGAACAGAGCAAAAAUGCAGAGUUACAGCAAAAUAGCCAACCAUGUUCUCGACGCUUCCAUAAUUUCAAACUGGGCUUUCAUAAGGGACAAAACUGCCGGUUCCAUAUUACUGGAUUCAGUGAAUUUAUUUGCUGGGAAACUGCUUAUAAAAAGUGGAUCAGAGAGUAUACCAGAACACUUCAUGUCUACCAAGGGUUCCACCAUAAAUAAAAAGGCCCCAGGGAAGAGGUUUGACUUCUCCAUGAGGUUUAAUAACUCAAACAGCGCUAUUGCUGGGAGCGUGUUCAUUCCACAAGAAGAACUGCUGAAGAUAUCCACCCCUUCCCAUGCCGUCAGUGUUGCUUUCCCCACGCUGGGGGCCAUUAUGGAAGCCAGUCAGCUGAACGAUGUCCUUGUGAAUGGAAUGAUUUUAUCAGUAGCCCUGCCAGAGGAACUGCAGCAGAUUUCACUCACUUUUGAAAAGUUCAAUAAAUCAAAUAACGUUAUGGCUCGCUGCGUUGGGUGGCAUUCAACUGAGAGGAGGUGGGAUGAAGCCGCUUGCAAACUGAAGACUGAUGACAUGAAUAGUACCGUUUGUAUCUGCAAGCAUCGUCACCACACAUUCAAGUCCUUUUCCAUUCUCAUGUCACCCAACACAAUAAGAAAUACUGUUCUGGAUUAUAUUACAUUUGUAGGUUUGGGCAUCUCUAUCUUCAGUUUGCUCCUGUGUCUUACCAUUGAGGCUGUGGUCUGGCACCAUGUUACAAACACAACCAUAGCCAAAAUGCGCCAUAUUUGCCUUGUGAAUAUAGCUGCAUCGCUUCUGAUUGCAAAUGUUCUGUUUAUUCUGGCUGCGGUUACAUAUGAUAAAGUCAAAGACUAUGCCACCUGUGUAGCUGCCACGUUUUUUGUUCACCUUUCCUACCUCUCCCUGUUUUUUUGGAUGCUCGCUCUGGGCCUUCUGAUUCUUCAUGGAUUGUUAAUAAUUUUUCGGAAGAUGAAGAAAUCUGCAUUCAUGGCUGCAGCGUUCUCUAUUGGAUAUGGGUGUCCUUUGAUCAUAUGUGUCCUCACUGUUGCCAUUACUGAACCAAGGAAAGGCUACAUACGGGAUGGUGCCUGUUGGCUCAACUGGCAUGAUACUAAAGCCCUUCUUGCCUUUGUUAUACCUGCCCUCGUGAUUAUUGUUGUGAAUCUGAUUGUAGUGGUGGUGGUUGUGGUGAAGACUGGAAGAUUCUCCAUUAGGGAAGGUACAAGGUCGCAAGAUCUGAGCAGCGUCACCCGAACAGGCAAAAAUGUUGCACUUCUGACACCUGUGUUAGGAUUGACAUGGGGGUUUGGAUUAGCCACCAUUGUUAGAUACGACUCGCUGGGAUUCCAUGUUACAUUUGCAUUGCUCAAUGCGCUCCAGGGAUUCUUCAUCUUGCUGUUUGGGACCCUUCUAGACAGGAAGACAAGAGAAGCCCUGAGAAUGAGAUGCAUCUCAACAAAACGGAAAUGCAGUCUAACAAAGAGCUAACCUUGGACCAACGGCUCCAGUGAAGCUGCACAACAAGAGGAAGGGAAGAGCUGAAGGCACCAAUAUUGUACGAACCCACAAGAUGCUGCUGAGAAAACCCCAGCGAAAACCUGCAUGACCAUCAGAGUGUGUGCAGCAGAAAGCCUUUACCAAAGGCAGACAAGAAAAGGCCCUGCAGCGGGCGUCGGGGGACGAAGAUGGGACCGUUCUCAGGAAGUGCUGCUGCCACCCCCAGGCUGAGAGACAGUGAAACUUGGAGGUGGUUUCACACCUGAGCUCAAACAGCUGCCCGGCGGGUUUGUCUUUGCCGCUCUUUAGAGGCAUUUAUGUUUGCUUUCAUGUCGAAUGGAUUGAGAAACAUCCCAGCAGUGAGCCUGGGGGUCUGCUAGUAUGUCUCUACCCAACAUGGAGGUACUGGAAUUAUCUACAGAUGCCUGUUCAGCCAUAACUUGCUGAAAACAAACUUCACUCAGCUACCUGUGACGAAAGCAAAAGUACUGCCAGGCUUCUGCUAGUUGUAGAGAAAUAGGGCUGGCACGGAUCUUGAGAGGUCAUCUAGUCCAACCCUCAGCUCUGCUUGUGUCUAUGUUAAAAUGAUUGU